AUGGCCGGCUGCAAGUUUUGGAAGGCGGAGCUCUACCGCCAGUGCCAACAGAUUGCCCACAGUUUUGCCUUCAAGGCGUUUGCCGAAGGCUGGAGGAGUGUUGAAGUUGUCCAAGCGUUUGCGUGUUUGACGUAUUGGAAGGAACCUGACGAUACGCGCACCUGGACAUACAUCGGAUACGCCUGUCGCAUGGCCGUCGAGCUCGGGUUGAACACGUAUGUGGGUCGCAUCGAGGGCGAGUCUGAAGAGCACAAACGUGAACGCCGCAAUCGCGAGCGCACGUAUCUGGUGCUUUGGGUGCACGAUAGAGCGCUUAGCAUGCAGACGGGUCGGAAUUGGAUGCUGCCAGAGGACGACAUGAUUCGCCAUGCAAAAUCGUGGCACGAAGAUACGCCCAUGCGGCCCGAAGAUGUAAUCGUCGCCGCUAUGGUCAAUCUCCGCCAAAUUGCUGCCGAGACGACGGACGUGUAUCGAAUGCAAAAAGGUGGCGGUCUCGAAGGCCAUUACUCCGACGUCAACCACGAGAUUCUCCUGCGUGGCUGCAAUAGCAAGCUCACACACUGGAUGGACUUUUGGGACACGGAGCUCAAGCGUGCCAAUGGUCUGCCGUUCCACUAUGCCUUUUUGGCCUUUUUCCGUCUUCACGUUCGCCUGUUCCUGAACAGUCUCGGGCUGCAGUCGUCAUCUACUCCACUCGGUCGUACCUCGCCCAGUCUGCAGUCAUUGUCCAUCUGUUACACGAGUGCGAUUCAGAGUCUGGAAUUGAUCACGCGAUCCUUUGCACCGUGGGGUCUCCUGCGUUACGGACAAGAUUCAAUGACUGUCAUGUCCGCAUAUUCUGCCGUAUUCUUGAUCAAGCUACUUCGUCGUACUGCAAUGCUCUCCGAGCUCGCCACGACGGCGUCUCGAGAUAUCCACGAUCUCAUUUCUCAGACUGCUGAUGUCUAUCAAGAAGCCGCUCUGCUGGCUGUUUCAUCCUCUUCGGCUGCGUAUCAUGCUCGGUUCCUCCGGGCACUUGUCGCGAAGGAUGCAGAGUCGAAAAUCAUGCGACAAGUCAGUCAACGCAAUUCGGGCCAGUCAUCACGCAAUUCACCGGACCAAAUGGACGAGGAUACUUCUCCGUCUCGUGGCACUCAGUCGGUGUACUCGCCCGUUCAUCCACACAAUGGUCAUUCCAACCAAGCUGGAACGAGUAGUCAAGCCACUUCACCUCAAUAUGCGACGUUCCCCGCGACUGCCAUACCGCAUAGUCUUCCGCCCCCCUUGGCCCAAAUGUCGCCCACAGAGACCAAGCCACCACUAAUGUAUCGCCCACCUCCCCAUCACAUGCACCCCCAAACAAACGGGGCAACCACACCCGCAUACUCGCACUCUCACUACGGCUCAGUGGACUACUCGCAUCCACACGCCGUGACGGCGCAUCAUCCGCCAAUGGUCGUACCAUAUGCUGCUACGGUCAUCCCCUCUCAGCAGACUCAGACCGUGACGACGAUUCCGAGUGAGCUCGAUGCGCGCUACUCGAGAAGCAUUCUACAAGAGCUCGGAUACCCGGCAAUAGGCAUGGAGCCUGCCGAGUGGUUUACGCAGGCUAUGGGACCUUCGGGCUGCGCAGGUCUCAUUUAA